AAUCCAAGUUUUGUAAGGUGGGAAAGGCUCAAUAAAUUGGAGACUAUCUUCAGUCAAGGGGCACCUCUACCAGUUAGUUUCCAUCUUCUGUUCUCCAAAUUGAAGAGACAGAAGAUGUAGAGAAGUUUAACCAUCUUAUUGAUCUCUCUCCAAACUCAUAUAGAGACAUACUUUACUUUGUAGAUCAGAUAUGGAAGAAGAAUCUCAGCCUCCUAAAUUCGCCCUUCCGGUGGAUUCAGAACACAAGGCCACUGAAUUCCGGUUAUUCUCGGUGGCAGCACCUCACAUGCGAGCAUUUCAUCUGUCAUGGAUCUCCUUCUUGGCUUGUUUUGUGUCUUCUUUUGCGGCUGCACCGCUCCUCCCAAUCAUUCGUGAUAACCUCAACCUCACAUCCACUGAUAUUGGCAACGCCGGGAUUGCAUCAGUCUCCGGAGCAGUCUUCGCCCGGAUUGCCAUGGGGACUGCCUGCGAUUUGUUUGGACCCCGCCUUGCCUCUUCCUCGCUCAUCCUCCUCACUGCACCAGCAGUUUACUUCAGUUCUAUUGCCUCAUCUCCUACAUCUUUCCUCCUCGUACGCUUUUUCACGGGCUUCUCCCUUGCUACUUUCGUCUCAACUCAAUUCUGGAUGAGCUCUAUGUUCUCUGCUCCAGUAGUUGGUGCCGCCAAUGGUUUUGCAGGUGGCUGGGGCAACCUGGGUGGUGGAGCGACGCAACUCCUCAUGCCACUUGUGUUUAGUGUCAUCCGAGACAUUGGCGCGGUCAAAUUUACAGCCUGGAGAAUUGCUUUUUUCAUUCCUGCUCUGUUUCAAACAUUGUCGGCAUUCGCGGUUUUGAUCUUUGGACAGGACAUGCCGGAUGGGAACUUCCAUCGACUGCAGAAAUCUGGGGAGAAGCCAAAAGAUAAAUUUUCGUGGGUUUUCUACUAUGGGGUCACAAACUAUAGAGGGUGGAUUCUGGCAUUGACUUACGGUUAUUGCUUUGGGGUAGAACUGACUGUGGACAACAUUAUAGCUGAGUACUUUUAUGACAGAUUCAAUCUAAAACUCCAUACUGCAGGAAUGAUAGCAGCAAGUUCUGGGUUAGCAAAUCUAUUCUCUAGGCCAGGAGGAGGGCUUCUCUCUGAUGUAAUGGCAAAGAGGUAUGGAAUGAGGGGAAGGCUUUGGGCCUUGUGGGUAGUGCAAACCUUGGGAGGUAUUUUCUGUGUUAUUCUUGGGCAGGUUGGGACUUUAAGUGCAUCCAUUUUUGUGAUGAUUGCUUUCUCUAUUCUUGUCCAAGCUGCUUGUGGGCUUACAUUUGGGGUGGUUCCUUUUGUCUCUCGUAGGUCACUGGGGGUCGUAUCCGGCAUGACCGGCGGUGGUGGAAAUGUUGGGGCAGUUUUGACGCAGCUGAUUUUCUUUAGAGGAUCCAGAUAUUCAAAAGAAACAGGGAUAACUCUAAUGGGAAUCAUGAUGAUAUGCUGCAGCCUUCCAUUAUUCUUAAUAUACUUCCCGCAAUGGGGUGGCAUGUUUUGUGGCCCAUCAACUAAAACACACGCCACAGAAGAGGAGUACUACAUGUCUGAAUGGAAAUCAAAUGAGAAGGAGAAUGGUUUUCAUCUAGCAAGCUUGAAAUUUGCUGAGAAUAGCGUGAGCGAAAGAGGCGUAAAAGCAGACAAUGUAACCAGGCCCUCUGAUCAAACUUCACCAGCUCAUGUUUAGCUACAACCUCAUUCAUGCCUGUGUAUAAACAAUUCCCUGUUCUGCCCGAAAUAAGGCCCAAAUCCAUGCAAGUAACAUGCGUUUAGAUGCGCUUUUUUUUUUUUUUUUUUAAGUCAACUACUAAAAAAGGUUUUAUACUCCUGGCCUACCCACCA